AUGCGCUCGCAAGCCGAUUUAGCAGUGACUGAGUUAGUCACUGCUAGUCCACUUCAACGCCAGGCAUUGGUGGUUGCGCUGCAGCGAUUGCGCCGCUUGUCUCAGCGCUACAAUGUGCUACAACUCUGCGUUAUACGCUCCACCGUGCUGGCGCAGAUGUCACGGUCUAUGAGGCGGUCGCUGUGGGUGCCUUUGCUGCAAAGCGAUGCCAUUUUCACCAGUGCAGUGGAGUAUUUUACGCCAGAGGGCUUCUUCAUCGCAUCAGAAGCUGUGGGGCUGAAGGCAGGCUCGGCUCACCCACAACUGUCAGCACAUCGAGCAAAGUUCCACAGCACCUUGGUGGCCGAGUGCUGUCGACUGCUGGGUGAGGACAAAGUGAUCCUCAACAGUCGCUUUGUGCAGCUGGAGAGGCAUGAGGACCAUGUGGUUCUGCACUUCGAGAACAGCACCACGAAAAAUCCGAUGGCACCAGUCACGUGCCACUUCGUCGUGGGCGCUGAUGGCCUUAAGAGCCGCCUCCGUGGCGCCUUGUUGGGCGAUGGAGAUCCAAGGCCAUGGCCGCCAUGGAAUUCAUCAAUUGA